UGUAAACAAAUGUCAUGUUUGUAGGUACUAUUGAAAGUAUACUAGUUAAAUUUUAUUGAAAUAUGUCGGAAUACUGUGAAAAACAAUGCAGUAUAUGUUUAAAAAAUGAUCUUAACUGUGUUAAUGUGGACGGUUCACAAUAUCAGUAUAUAUUUAUUAAAUUAUUCGAUGCUACCAUGGCGGUUGCUGAAUCCAAAGUUUUGUGGCUCUGCCUAUGGUGCAAAGCUAUUAUUAAAAAGGUAAACGAUUUAAUGGAUUUUGCAAAAGAAGCUAAAAUAAACAAGCAAAAGACUGAAACAACACAGCCAGCGGAAUACACAUUAACAUUACAUCACAAUCCACAUAUAGAUAUACCACCAAAAGAUUACAAUCAACAAAAAGAUAAAGAUAAUACAGGAAAAAAAGAUAUAAAAUUAACAGAAAGAAUCAAUUUGAAAAAAGAAACAAAUAUAAAACUAAGUAGAUUGAAAAAACAUAAAUUAGAUGAGAUGAAUUUCGAUGUUCUUUAUUUGAAUGUUGAUGAGCAGAAGAAAGAGAUAGAAGAAAAAAAAAGAUCAGAGAAGUAUAAACAGUGGUGUUUGAAAUGUGACGACUGUGGAGAAAGUUUUAUGUUCAGACUUGAAUAUGAAGAGCACCGAAAGAGACAUGAUUUGAUUUCAGGUCAACACGCCUGCAAAAUAUGUCGUCUAAGAUUCAAAUCCAAUGAUGUUCUAUCACAACAUACAUUAGCCCAUAAACGCAGGUUUGUUUGUCGCUCCUGCGGGUCCAAGUUCAAGCGUUGGUCCCACUGUGUGGUCCAUCGGGAGAAAUGUGGAUCCAAUAGUACGCCUGCUGUGUGUGCCGUCUGUGCUAAGAUAUUUGGAGAUCAUCAUUCCAUGACGAUCCAUAUGAAAACAGUUCACGAAAAUACUAAGAAGUAUGUAUGCGAGCAUUGUGUUAAAGUGUUCGGGACGAAACAACGACUCACUGUUCAUAUAAGGUCUCACACUGGACUCAAACCUUUCUCAUGCGACAAAUGUUCUAGAAGCUUUGCAACGCAUUCCAAUCUCCGUGCGCAUUCUAAAGUCCACAGUAACAAUAAGGACCAUUAUUGCGUGGAGUGUAACAAGUAUUAUAAAAGCGAGAAGAGUUUGAAAAGACAUUUUCUAGAAGCUUCUAAACAUGCCGGCGAUGGGAGGUAUAUAUGUGAAGAUUGUUUGAAGAAAUUUAUAACACAGAAACUAUUGGAUAAGCAUAUAAUGGCGGCACAUUUGACGGAACAUCGCUGCGAGCAUUGUUAUAAGUUAUUCUCCAAUAAUGCUAAUCUAAGGAAACAUGUUCGAUCCAUCCACACAACGACGGAAGCGUAAAGAUAUGGACAGUAAAAGGGGGAUAGGAAUUAAUAUUUCAGAGUUUCUUGCUUAAUUCUCUGGUGAUAAGUGCUUUCCGAACUGUAAGAGUUAAUAUUGACGGAAUCUUAAUAAAUGGACAUUUUACGGUUUCUAAAUAAAUUAUUUUAUUUCA